AUGACGUUCUGGAAGUACUACUCCGGCCAGAAGGUGGCCCCCAUCCCCACGCUCUUCGUGGGCGGCAACCACGAGGCACCGAACUACCUGUGGGAGCUCUACCACGGCGGCUGGGCGGCCCCCAACAUCUACUUCCUGGGCUAUGCCGGGGUGGUGAAGUUUGGGGGCGUGCGCAUCGCGGGGCUGAGCGGCAUCUACACAGAAAACCACUACAGCAUGCGCAGCGCCUACCAUGUGCGCCAGCUGGACGUGCACCGGCUCAUGCAGCUGCGCGCCCCCUUGGACGUGUUUGUGUCGCACGACUGGCCGCAGUGGAUCACGCGAUACGGGGAUGCGGCGGCGCUUUUCAAGAAAAAGCCCUACUUCCAGAAAGAGGCCGAGCGCGGCGACCUGGGCAGCCCGGCCAACCUCGAGUUGCUCAACGCGCUGCAGCCAGGCCACUGGUUCAGCGCCCACCUGCACUGCAAAUUCGCGGCCGUCGUGCCGCACGGCGGCGACGGCGGCGGGCUCGUCGGCGGCGGCGGCGGGCCGAUACGGCUGCCGGGCUCGCCGCCUCGCGGCGGCGGGGCAGCGGCGGGAGCGGCGGGGCGGACGGGCGCCGGGGAGCGCGUGACUCGGUUCCUGGCGCUGGACAAGUGCCUGCCCGGGCGGCAGUUUUUGCAGGUGCUUGAAUUGGAGGCUACCGGCCCCCUGAAGCUGCAGUACGACGAAGAGUGGCUGGCAGUGCUGAGGGCCACCCACCACCUCACCAGCCUGGACCAGCGGGGCCCCCAGCUGCCGCAGGGCUGGGGCGGCCGCGCCGGCCCGAGCCAGGAGGACCGGGACUUUGUGGCCGCAGCCCUUGCGCAGCGCGGCGGCCCCACCAUCCCGCAGAACUUUGCGCCGACCGCACCAGCCUACAACCCCUCCGCCGGCCGCCGCCGCGGGGCGCAGCCCCGGGCGGUGGCGCGCAACCCCCAGACUGAGGCGCUGUUUGAGUUGAUAGGGCGGCCCUUCAACUUGGAGCACGGCACAGGGUCCGCGGGCGGCGGCGGCGGCAGCUGGCAGCGGCCGCAGCAGCAGCAGCAGCAGCAGCAGCAGCAGCAGCAGCCCUGGCAGGACGGCGGCGUCGGCGGGAGCAGCGGCGCGGGCCGCGCGCCGAUGUUCGUGCCUGGGAGCGUGGUGCAGGCGGCUGGGACGGCGGCGGCGGCCCCGGCGCCGGCGGCUCCAAACCCGGAGGAGAUUGAUAUCGACGACGAUGAAGAUGACGAUAUGGAUGGCGGCGGCGGCGGGCAGGCGCCAGCGGCAGGGGCAGCAGCAGCGGCAGCAGCAGAUGGGGGCAGCGGCGGAGGGGCGGCGGGCGGUGGUGGCCAGCAGGCGGCCGCGGCGGCGGCGCCCAACCCUGAGGAGAUCGAUUUGGGGGAUGAGGAUGAGGAGGAUCCCCUGUUUGCACCGGUUGAUCUGGGCACGUUCAAGCGGUGA